UACGUACCUUUCGAAGAACGUCCAUCAUUCCAUUGUCAUCAGAGCUUUUGAGGGCGAAGCAUUCCUGAUGCUUCAUCGCAUUGGCAUUACGGGUAUAUGACGUACUUUCGGUAAAAGCCUCGUCAAUGGCAUUCCGAACAAUGCACAAUUCUGGUUGCCUUAGCGCAAAUAUUAUGGCACGAAGCAGCUGGUGGUCUUUGCUUGAGGAAUCGGAGGACGGAUACGAACCAAUGGAAGCGUUUGAUCCGUGCCCUUUGCCCACGCCUAGACCUAUCAACAAACUAGUUUUGGCGGUAGCAAUGGAAGCUUCGUCCCUUGCUUCUUGUUCGUUUUCCUCAAUUCUUUCUCUGUUGUUUUGUUGCUGCUGCUGCUGCUGUUUCCGUUGCGCUUCCGUAUCUCUGCUCUUGCUUUCGUUUUCGAUGCGCUCCAUGUGAUUUUUCAGGAUCGAUGCGAGGACGGGAAUGAAUGCUAGUGUAGACUUGAUGCAGACCAACGCAGAWAUACCCUUGCUGGCGAUGCGCGCAUUCGCAGCAUUGCUCUUGCCCGUGGCAGGASCUGCAGYAGGUGCUAACGGCACUGCUAGGUGGCUCGAAGCAUUAUUAUUACUGGUUGAAGCGGAAGUCGAAGAAAUUCCAAAUCCUCCCCUGUUCUCUUGAUGUUGCUUUCGUUGCUGUAGUUGUUCCUGUUGCUUCCUCGAAGGAACAACAACGAUGUUUGUUAGCAUAUUAUCCAAACUAGCUAGAUUCUGGAGUUGUUGCAGCGUCGCGUAAAACAGAUCUUCGUUGUGUAGAAAUGUAUCAACUAGAUCUAGCCGUGCCGUUAUAGUAUCUAGUCUGUGGUGCGUUGGAGAAAAAUAGUAAAAGCGGAAUAUCAAAUGAGAACCAAGAACGACGAAAGCUUGCUAUGAAUCCGCAUUUUUUAGCAUCUGAUCGAUGAGCAUUCGAAAUUGGAGGGACUAAAAUGAUUCAUUCGCAUCGGACGAUGGGCAAUAGUCGGUUUAUCUAACGUACCUGCUUGGUGGCGCCAUUAGAGUCGUUCGCAGCAAUCGAUGUCCAACGCUAGUUUUUGUACAAUCCAUGGUCGAAAUGAGCGAAUGCUUGCGGUGAUUGGACAUGGAUGAUCCUGCKGUUGCCAUGUGGCUGUUAUUUGUCAACAGUUCCAACUGCAGCAAGGUGGAGCGAUCUAUUUCCAUUCGGUGGUUGUUGUGACCACCUGUGUGUACUCGAACAUCCAGAGAAUGUCUGGUAAAGGUCACAGCCCCAAGGGUAAGCUGCGUAUAAUGAAGAACCGCAUGGCAGCUGGACAGCAAAAUGUAUUCUUCCACUAGAGUAGAAUCGUAUGUGUCUUGCCUUGCGAGUCGUCGGAGAAGAUCGGCCCCCUUGGUUUGGUCAAAGUAGGACCGCGAAAUGAAYUUGACAACGGUCGCCUCUUCCUCGGAAGAGAUAGCAGCUUGCCCUGUCUCUCCCGUKGAUCCUGUURCCAUCGAGUCGUWUUGCUGUUGCUGCUGCUGAUGCUUUCGUUGAACAUCGAAGUGCUGGAGGACUUUGCGGGCGAGGGGAGAAUGAUAGCGGCCUUCGUUCAUCAAGACCUCGUCCGGGCACAAGACCGACAAAUAGGCAAUUGUUUCCGAAUAACUCUGUCCAUUGCUCUGCUUGGUGACAUUGAGCAAGAAGGGAGCCGACAAAUCCAGGGACACRACGCAGGUUUCCCGAGCUAGGUUCUCUCCAAUCGCGCAAAGAAUAUGGGGAGAUGACGACGAGGCAUUUCCUUGCAUAAUGCACGAAUUGCUACGACGGCUACAGCGGCUGCGACCACCGGCAUGAUUGCGGUUGCUGCUACURCUGCUUGCAAUGCCGAGAUUKUGUCGGCGUCGAAGACGAUUGCGGGCAUUGCUGGAGCGAGAAGCGGCACUCGAAACGGAUCUACCCGAAGAAUGACAAUGAUAUCUAGCACUGUUGYUCGCGCAUACGACAUUGAAUCUUCCGUUGUUACUACCACCAAUGCGCUGCUUCUUCGUCUUCUUCGAGAUAUCUCCCUGRCUAUCCCGAGUUGCGUUCCGAUGAUGAUCCAUAGCAGUACGAAGGUGUUUGAUGGAGGAAAGAGGGAACUGGAAAUCAAGAUAAAGAGAACACAACUCUACUCACAGUAAGUAAUUUUGAAUAGUAAAUUUGAUUCGAUAUUGCUAMUAUUGCGAAGGAAGAUGAAUACCACAUUAUGAUUGCGUUCCUAGUGUGAUUCUAAAUCACGAGUARGCGCUUACGAUUAUCUUUUUGUUCACGAAAUCGAUAAUGAGAGAAAAAUCGUUGCGAUUUCGCAUGAGAACUCGUAUUUCUACCGUACGAGUACGUAGUUCUCUCUUCUAGUGUACCGUACGAGAGAAGAAAAUCGUUAGUCGUGAAGCGUUCGCGCAAGAAAAAAGGACUCGUUCGAUUAAAACCACCCCAGUUAG